AGACAAUCCACCGACAUUUAUCGAGAACCACUUCCGAAAUGUCCACUCCCCCUGCCAAGCGCCAGAAGUGCGAACCCUCCCAGCGCGGAGGUCAAAAGCGCCAGGGCCGCGACCAGUAUCGCAACGCCUCCGCCGACGACACCGCCGCCCUGAAGCUGCCGCAGAAGAAGUUCUUUCGGCAGCGCGCGCACGCCAAUCCGUUUUCUGACCACCGAUUGAAAUAUCCGCUGAGUCCCGCGCACAUGGACUGGUCUUCUCAUUUCCCGGCUUUUGUGAACCCGGACCCCGCGCAGACCAAUCUCGCCGGGGCGCGCAAACUCGUGAAGGAUGUUGAGGUGGUGGAUAUUGGAUGUGGAUUCGGUGGACUACUGGUUGGUCUGGCGCCCGUGUUGCCGGAUACGUUGAUGGUUGGAAUGGAAAUCCGCACCCAAGUCCUCGAAUACGUCACAAACCGCGUGAACGCCCUGCGCUCGCAACAACAGCAACUACAACAGAAAGCGGCCUCCAACAACGCAACUCCCACCCCGACGGCAGACCAAUCGUCGACCGCCACUCCUACGAAUCCCACCGAUACCCCGACGGCGGCCGCCUCGCCGUCCACCCCGACAGCUGCAGCUCCAGCUCCGGAAGCCGAGUCCGCGGGCCCCCUGGCCGGCGGGUUCCAGAACAUCUCCGCGCUGCGCAGCAACACGAUGAAGUUCUUCCCGAACUUCUUCGGCCGCCACCAGCUCUCGAAGAUCUUCAUCUGCUUCCCCGAUCCGCAUUUCAAGGCCCGCAAGCACAAGGCGCGCAUCAUCUCCGAGACGCUGAAUGCUGAGUAUGCGUAUGCGCUGCGGCCCGGUGGCUUGCUGUAUACGAUUACCGAUGUCGAGGAGUAUCAUCGCUGGGUGCUGAGGCAUUUCCGGGAUGAGUCGGUGGUGGACGGGGAGGAGCAAGAGGGUGGAGUGAAGGAGUUGUUCGAGAGGGUGUCCGAGGAGGAAUUGCAACGUGACCCCUGUGUCAAGGUCAUGAUGCAGGAGACGGAAGAGGGCAAGAAGGUUACCCGGAACAAGGGGAAUAAGUACGUUGCAGUGUUCAGGAGAAAGGCGGACCCGGAGUGGCCUGCUUAGAGAUUGGCUCCUUUGCCAAAACCCGGAAAGAAAAAUGGAUAGACGUUUGCAUAUAAUAUUUGGGGGUAUAUACGGUGUUUCAUACAGGCAUUAUAUUUGCAUUGUGCGAGAAUAAGGGGAGUCAAAUGACCCCGGGAGAUCAAAGUUGAGACAUGCAUUGAAUGUAUGUAAGAAAUCAUGCAACUAAAACUAAUC